AUGCCACAUUUUCUUUUGUGGAAAUUAAAGUUUCCAACGAAUUUAAUUUUGAUCAGAUUUUACAACGGACAGUCAAGUUUUGUUCACGGAGGUAUUGACAGUGGAACAGAUGCAGAGGUUGUUCGUGGUCAGCAGGAGAUUCAUCAGAAGAUACUUCAGCUCAACUUCAAGGAUUGCCAUGCCAAGAUCAGAAAGGUGGACUCCCACAAGACCCUGGCGGACGGAGUUGUAGUUCAGGUAUCCGGGGAGCUCUCUAACAACGGGCAACCCAUGAGAAGGUUUGUCCAGACCUUCGUCCUGGCCCCUCAGUCUCCGAAGAAGUACUACGUUCAUAACGAUAUCUUCAGAUAUCAGGAUGAGGUAUUCUCGGAUUGCGAGAACGAGGCAACGGCAAGUAUAACGACUGACGAGGUUCGUCUCGAGGAACCUAUUCAGAAGCAGAUUAUCGCCUCUGCCUCCAAGCCUGUUGUGCUCCCUGUACCCUCUGCUCCCCAGCUUCAUGAGCCGGUCAUCCAGGAACCUGUUGUUAUGCAGGAAACUUUCCCGGAGGCGCAUAUGAACGGUGGUGGCGGAUAUAAGAGUGCUGAAGAGGCGGAUCAGGCGAGUAUGGAUGUCGAGGAUACUGAAUGGUCUGGAGCUGAAUCUAACCAAUGGAAGGAUUCCCAACCGGAAACCUGGAAGCAGGAGGAGGAGGAGGCUGAUCCUAUGGUUGAUGAGGAGGAGCAGGAGGAGGAGGAAGAGGAAGCUGCUCCUCCUCAGGAGAGCAGCUCCGAACCUAUGUCCUGGAGCAGCAGGGUUAAGAUGGGUUCCGGUGGUAAACCUCCAGUAGUUCCUGGGACCGGAAGUAAGGAAGGAACACCGUUUACUCAACCUGCUGCUGGACAGGGGAAACCAUACAGAGGGAACAGGGGAACCAGUCAGGGACGACCAAGCACUGGAGCUCCGGGUGCAGCUCCUGCAGUCCGACCAGACAGACGAGAUGACGAACCUAGGGAAGGACGAAACCGUAUGAUGAGUAACAGCGGAACUAACGACCAUCUUCAACUGUUUGUCGGUAAUCUGCCCCAGACCUGUACGGAUAACGAUCUCCAGGAACUAUUCCAACAGUUCGGAAAGGUUGCAGAAGUUCGUAUCAACAAGAAGAUUGGACGGAACACCAACAACAAGGAUGGGAAGGUUCCUAACUUUGGAUUUGUUGUGUUUGAAGAGAGUGGUGCAGUAGAGCUUGCAAUGAAGAUAAAACCGACUCUCACUAUUUCUGGAUACAGGUUGAACAUCGAGGAGAAGAAGACGAAGCAGAGAGAUCAUAAUGGUUCCGGAGGAGAACGUGGAGGUGGACAGGGGUUCUCUGACCGGGUCCAGGGAGGAAGAGGAGAACGGGGAAGUCAGGAUAAUCUGAGAGGAGCUGGACACUCCGUAGGACGUGGAGGUGGUGGAGACCGCGGUAGAGUUGGAGGCGGAGGUGGUCGUGGUGGCGGACGUGGUAGAAGUGAUUUUGGCAGUCGUGGUAGGGGCGGUCCUCCUUCGGAGUCCAGGGGCGGAGGAUUCCGUGGUGGAGGUGGCGGAGGCGGGGGACCUAGACAGAAUUAAAAACUUUCAAUAAUUCAAGUUUUUGGUUUCAAGCUGGGUUCCGUAAUAAUCGUUCAGUGAGAACUAUGUGUAUCUCGAAAUAUAUAUCUCGUAACUUGCACUAAAGGUAUUCAAGGUUGAAAAUUGUGGAUGUUUUUUUACUUGAGAGACGAAACAAUUCUGAAAAAAUGUGUUUAAUUUUAGAACACAAACCAAUCGAAUCACUUUUAGCAGGAAAUCUUUUGAUAAGAUAAUUUUUCUCGUAAUAAAAAAACAACAUUUUUUCUGAAGAAGUGUAGGCUGUGCAACGUUUGUUUUUUUUGGGGCAUUUCUGCUAAAUUGUUAUCGUGCAACCUUGAAUACUAUUUUGUGCUGGGCAGGUUCAAUAUAGUUCCAUGCCUCAUGUCUCUCCAUGUGAUUCAUUCGUCUAAUUUCAAGCAGUUCCCUUUAACCUACCUGCAAAUAAACAAACAAACAUUAAAGAUACCUGUUUACCAACCUCUUAUUUAUGUAAAUUGUCACUUAGAUCGAUUUAUUCACCAGGCCUGUGACAAUAACGUUGAUAAUACGAUGGUUUGUGAUUUAGAUGUUAUCCAAUCGGGAUUUAUACUAAAUCUUAGUGCAUGGCCUGACUAGUUCUUAGCUGGUUUGGUUAAAUUCUCACGUACCUUGAAGAUUUAAACUAACUGCUAUUGAUACGUGUCUAACACUAAUUACGGCCUGUUAAACCUAAAACACUGGUUGUGUAACGGUCUUGGUUUAUAUAACGUAAUCUAUACUUGCGCAAGGUCAAUUAUCAUAAAUAAGUAUCAUUUGCUUUAUGAUUAUCUGGUAAGACUGAAACUAAGAUAAUCCCAAUGUACUAAGAAAUGGUUUGAAUUGUAUCAGUAUCUAUCCAUCUUAUCUACUCAACAUCAUACAACUAGUAAAAUCAGGAAUUUGUAAACUAGGCCACAUAGUUUAUUCUGUUCAGCUAAUGGACGAAUUUUAACUCUCUGUCCUAGUUCAUAGUUCCAAAUGAAGAUAAGCUCGAGAAUUUCUGGAAAAUGUCCGGGUUCCUGAACUUGAAAGAUUUACUUCAAAUUGUAGUGUUCAAUUAUUCGAAUUCUCUCAAAAACAUAUCUAAAAUUUAGUUUUCCCCCCCCCCCUCUUCAUUUUCCAACAUUUUUGUUACUUUUCCAUUCUAGUCUGAUUUUUGGUAAAAUUGGAUCUCUGACCCCCUGUAAUUGGACUAAACUGUAAGAAUAAAUUGAUUUCUGUUGAUUUAGUAUUAUUAUCUUGUGAUUUCUUUGCCAAAUUAUAAAUUAUUUUUUCUUUUUUAUUUCUCUAGACGCCUGUCGCAAUUUUCUAUCCAAUAUGUACUAAUUAACGAAAUACACACUAAUAGUACUGUCAAA